UCAGUUCUAUGGCUAACGUCACAAAGUUAAGUGUGAGUCUGCGCAGUACUGGGGGGACCAACUGAAAAAUCGUUCUACUCAGUGCCCUCCUAUUGAAAACGACAGAGUCUGUUCGUCCAUUUCUUUUACUGUCUAUGGUCCAUCUUCACUCAAGCCACCUCAUCUGCAGCUGUUGAAAUAGGCCUAUUUCAUUGGCUAAUCUGCCUGGUAUGCAAAGUCAAGAUUUGCCUCCAAGAUGAUGCUUUACCCUGAAACUUAAAACAUAUGAUAGCUAGAACUACGUACAGAAUUAUCAUAGCCAGUAACUGAAAUGUCGUUCAAAAAAGUGCAAUGUCAAGUGCAACAAGUAUGAAUAUACAUUAAAAUAUACAAAGACCCAUUUAUACAAAAAUGGAUGCAUGUAUGUUUCCUAUUUAAGCAAUGUGGGCGCUGGGUGGGAAAACUACAUCUGUUUAGGUCUCAGACUCGUAAGGACACUAGUGUUGCGACAUUUUUUAUUUAUCUUUACCAGGGGUGCCAAUAAAUGUGCAGGACACAGUAGCCUAUGUUCCUAGAAGACUGGAAUGCUGUGGAGGUUGGCAUGCUGGCCUACAUUGGCAUACAUUUCCAGAUCUGGAUUUUGGCAUGGCAUGUAGGGUUGGGCAAUAGCUGAAGAGAUCAUAUAGAUUCGCCUUCAUCUGUGAGGAAUAAGUAUGGCUGAAGAUGGUGUUGAAUUAUUUUAAUCAAAACUAUUUAUUCAUUAUUGUCCAAAUAAAAAUCAGGCAGAAAUUGGUCUGGUAUAAACCAAAAUAAUGCAAUUUUAUUAAUAGCCCCACAGAUAAAGUUACACCAACAUAAGUUCAUGUAAUCAGAUCCAAAAGCACUGUCAGGCUGUUUACUUUGCUAUGUAUAGCAAGUUCAUUACAUCUAAAUAGAAAUAUAGUUCAUUACAUCUAAAUAUGAAUAUGUCAACAUCAUCACAUUGGUUCUGUGAUAAAUCUGUGCAGCAGUUAUAAUGCUAAAACAACACGGAUCUGGUCUUUACUCAGAAAGUUCCUGUCCAGUUUGUUGUUAAGAGCACUUAUGUCGCUGCCCAUAUGCGGUGCGAUUUAAUAUCUUUGCUAACACAGCCAGGCUGCAAGCUAGUGUUGUGGAACAAAGCAACAGUGGCUCAUAAUCAUUGUUCAUCCAUUGUAGAGGUCUCUUCUUCUUCCUCCAUCUAGCUAUAAAAAUGAUGCAUUUAUCAAGGGUAAAGACAGUCUGAAUUUCCCUUUGGGGAUCAAUAAAGUAUCUAUCUAUCUAUCUAUCUAUCUAUCUAUCUAUCUAUCUAUCGGUCUUUCCUUACUGUCACCAGGAUUUGGAAAAAGGUUAAUAUCAUCAGCUUGUACCUUAUGGUGAAAUAGGAAGUGCCAUUGGUCACUGCCAAUUGGUUAGUGGCUGGUCCAAUGGUUUCAAAAUUAACCUGAAGUCCACGCCCAUUAGAAUACCAGGACUGUUACUAGGCUAAACUCUUCAUGAACCUUGGCAUAACCAGAUAGGUAGUCAGGAAUGACCACAAGUCACACACCUAUACACGCACGCACGCACGCACACACACACACACACUGCGCAUUUAUGUGACUGUCUGUCAGCAUUUUCCGUCUGUGACAGAAAUCCAUGAUUUUAUGUAUUGGCAAAGAUGUUCACUUUUAUGGUGUGUGUGUGUGCGUGUGCUGUGUGCGCAGUGUAGGUGCAAUAGUAAGCUCCAGAACGUUAAUCAGAUUAGGGAGGAGUGCCACUCCCAGCGUCUGUACACACCCACACACACCCACACCCCACCUCCUGGGAAGAGGGACUGGAUUUAAUGCGAAAAUAACCUAAGCUCCGUAUGGUUACUUACCAGGUUAGCAUGGCAGAGUCAACUCGCACAGACACACAUGCACACACACAUACACACACACACACACACACACUGACCUGUCAAUCUAAGGUGACAGAGACGACUUCCUCUCUCUUCCUCUCUGUCCAUCCAUCUUGCUCUUUGUCUACCUCCUUCCCAGCACCCCUCCCCCCCUCCCCCUCCUAUCCUCUUUACUCUGAGAGGCGGGAUCCUCAGGCGUUAUGAAGGAGUUGCCUCUACUAGCAUGCAGCGAAUGUGUCUCUGCGUCGUCCCUCCUGCGCAAAGUCCCCCCACUGGACACUAUCUGAGCCUGCUGGCGUGAGUGUGUGUUUGUGGAGGUGUGUGUGUUUUGUCUAAACUGAAGAGAGAAGAUGGCUGGCGGACGUAGAGGACCGAAGGUCUGCUGAGUCCCGGAGGGACAGGCGUGCCUCUAGAGAAUGCCGCUUCAUCAGAUCUCUGUGGUGCCCGCCGCCAAGGACUCAGCUAGCACUGGCCGUAGCUCCAGCCGCUCCAAAGAGAAGACUAAGGAGGGGGAAAAAGGGCCAGGGCGAUCAGGGAGUCGAUCAAGCAAUAUCUCGAAGGCGAGCGGUACCGCUGCGGGGGCGGGGCUAAACAGUGCGUCACGUACGUUGGUCACUCCCUCUGCUCAGGACAUUUGCAGCACUGGCACUCUGGCCAGGCUUGAGGAGAAUGGUGCAGAGCAGAACACACCCGUCAUGCCCAUAAGCCCCGCCUUGGAGUCGGCCCCCUCGGGGAAGCGGCAGGUGAAGCGGCGUCACCGACGGCGACGCGAGAGCUCGGGCGUGGGCUGCGUCAGCGAAUGCGUCGAGGGCCAAAAGGGCGAGCGGGAGCGGGAGCGCGAGAAGGAGAAGGAGCGCUCGCGACGCACGCGCACACACUCGGACUCGUCCGACGAGGACGAGCAGCAGCGAUGGAGGGAGUCGCGCUCCUGGUCGCGGGAGAAGGCCCGGCGACGUCGCAGCAGCAGCGGCCGGCAGACGCAGACGCAGACGCAGACGCGCGUCCGCGCGCAGGAGAGCCGCGGCGCCGGCGAUGCGGUGGAGCUGCUGUCGGUGGGCUCGGACGAGGCCGGCAAGGAAAACCACGCGCCCGAGCCAGCGCUCGCCAAGAGCUCCAAGAAGUCGUCCUCGCUGAAGAGGGAGGAGAGGAGCGGCAAGGCAGCCAUUCAGAGACGAGCCAGCGGGAAAGAGGGGCGGGCCAGCGAAGAGGAGCAGCCAAUCAUGAAGAGCUAUGAGGAGGAAGGAGACGGGGGCGACAACCUGUCAGUUCCUGUUGUCCAAAAACCCAUCAUUGCCACAGAACCCAAUGGGAACAUACAAACUAAAGUACAGACCAAUACAGUCACACCUUGCUCUGAUGAGGAGUUGGAGGUCUGCAGGAUUUGUCACUGUGAGGGAGACGAGGAGUGUCCGCUCAUCACGCCAUGCCACUGCACGGGGAGUCUGCGCUUCGUGCACGAGGGCUGCCUCCACCAGUGGAUCAAGAGCUCCGACACGCGUUGCUGUGAGCUCUGCAACUACCAGUUCAUCAUGGAAACCCACCUCAAGCCUUUGCGCAAGUGGGAGAAGCUGCACAUGUCCACCGGGGAGCGCAGGAAGAUCUUCUGUGCCGUGACCUUUCACGUCAUCGCUGUAGUGUGUGUGGUGUGGUCACUUUAUGUGCUCAUCGAUCGCACCACAGAGGAGAUGAAGAUGGGCAAAAACCCUGCGGUGGUGCGUCUCUCUCCUUUCAAUGCCUCAGGCAUGCUGGAGUGGCCCUUCUGGACCAAGCUGGUCGUGGUGGCCCUUGGCUUCACGGGCGGCCUCAUCUUCAUGUACAUCCAAUGCAAAGUCUACCUGCAGCUCUGGAGGCGCCUCAAAGCCUUUAACCGCAUCAUCUUCGUCAAGAACUGCCCGGACACGGUCAGGAGCGCCGAUGAGACCAAAGCGUCCGGCACCACCCAGACCAACGGGAGGCACGAGCCAGUCGAGGUGUGCCCUCCGCCUUCCCUGGCCCCCACUACCGCUCCCAUCCAUGCGGGCAGUGCAGGCGUGGCUCCUGUGUGAUGGACGGUUCGAUAAGCCAAUCACGGCGGUGACAUAUCUGAACCCUCCGUAUGACUGAUGGGUGAGAGGUUAAGAGGUCAGACGGGUGCUCUCAAAUGAAAACAAAGCCAAGGCUGGUGGUCUACAGAACUAGUGUGAGACGGAGGAGAGGGAGAGAAAGAAGCAAUACCCAAACAGAGCAGGAAAAUGUCCAUUAUUAUGAGAGAGACCAGACUCAUUUGGACAGCGAUUGAGAUGGUUUUAAGCAGUGGUCCCCAAACUACGGCCCGCGGGCCGGAUACGGCUCACCACCUCAUUUUGGGUGGCCACCCAAAACAUGUUCGUAGUAUAUAUCAUCCGGCCCGCACGGGAGUACAACAUCGUCAAACUAAAACCUCCACAAUUUCCCCCAUUCAUUCUCUAUGGCGAGUCUUAACAGUACACAUGUAAUACUCUUUUUGUCC